AUGGUCAAGGAAUCUACAAUUUUGAAAUCGAGGACUCUUAAAGAUUUUAUAAUAAAGACCCAUAAGCCACGGAAAGAUAGUGAUUUCACAAAGGGCAGUGAUAAGCAAACAUCAUGCUUCAGUUUCCUUAAAAGCAAGCGUCAACAGACUCAGGCCGUCCAGAACCAUUCACACUCUGCUACUCCAUCUCAUUCCAAAUACUUCCUCUCUAUCCCCACCCAUUCCAGCGGUGAUAUAAGAACCAUCAAAACUCCAGAGAACCCAGAGAAGAUUGCCUGCUUAUUUAAUUCAACUCCCAAGACAGCAAAAGAACAGAAUAAUAAAUUCUUCAGUAAUUGCGAAGAGUAUGGCGUCGUCACAGUCAUUCAGAAGCAGAACUGA